AUGAGUAACUUGCCCAAAGAUCGGAUCGUACCAUCACGACCUUUUGAUAAAGUUGGUUUAGACUUUGCUGGUCUCAUAUUAACAAAACCUAAUUUGAAGAGAUCUAAGGUUGUAAUUAAAUCUUACAUCGCUAUAUUUAUUUGCUUCAGUACUAAGGCUACUCACUUCGAGGUUGUCUCAGACUUGACAACAGAUGCUUUUUUAGCUUGUUUGAGAAGAGUCAUUUCGAGACGUUCAAAACCGUCGAUUAUUUGGAGUGAUAACGCAUCUAACUUCAAAGGACCAAGAAAUGUUUUGAACUCAAUGCUUGAACUUUGCCAGUCAAACUCUGUGAAGAACUUUAGUGCUGAAGAGGGAAUUCAGUGGCAUUUCACACCGCCUGCGUCUCCUAACUUUGGUGGUCUGUGGGAAGCUNCUAAUAUUAAAUCCAUGAAGAGAAUACUCUUGAAAGUCACAAAAUCUAACUUACUAAAUUUUGAAGAACUGACUACGCUCGUAGUGCAGAUCGAAAGUAUUCUCAACUCACGCCCACUUUCGCCCAUGUCAUCAGACCCUAACGAUCUGCAGCCGUUGACACCAGGACACUUUCUAGUUGGAGCUCCGAUUAUGUCAUUUCCUGAACAUCAUACUGCUCCAGAUUCUUUUUCUCUUUCUUCCAGGUGGAGCCUGAUUCAACGUCUGAAACACAGCGUUUGGAAUAGAUGGAGCCAUGAAUACCUGAGUCAACUACAAACACGUGCGAAAUGGACUUGUCAACAAGAAAAUCUGAAAGUUGAUCAACUAGUCCUUCUUAAAGAUCCUAGUAAGACAGCAAUGCAGUGGAAUCUGGCUAGAAUUGUGAAAACUUAUCCUGGAGAAGACAAUCUUGUUAGAGUGGUUGACGUCAAAACAGCUAGAGUAUUUUAUAGAUGA